UCACACGCGUUUGAGCGACGCCAGGCUACGCGCGCUGCACACACCAUCUUGUUACUGUAUCGUGACGGUAUCCGCUGGCUGCCUGUACUCUAUACCUUUUGACCUAGCAUCGCAUGCGCGAAACAUGGGCAGGCUGCUGCUCACAAGCGGGCAGGUGUCCGUCAUCCUGUCCGCCAUCAUCAUCUCCGCAUUCACAUUCGCGCUGUUCCUCUCCGGCUAUGUGCUGCAACAGCGCUAUGUCCACAAUCUCCAGGCGGUAAUCAAGCCGCGCAUACCAAAACCACUGCCUGUACCCAAGGCAGUCGAACCGCCGACCCUCGAUGAGAAGUGGGCGCGACCUGUGGGCGGCGGGCGGCAAGUCGAGGACACAGUGGCGCAGUACAUGGGCGGGCAGGAGCUGGACUGGAGCAGACUGGGCUACGUGCAGGUGGUGCGGGAACACGUCGAGCUGUGCAGCGCCGUGAUGCUGCUGUCCGACUUGCACAAGAUGAAGAGCCCGGCAAGGAGGGUGCUGGUGUUCCCGAAGCUGUGGCUGCAGGAGGCAGACGACGACAAGUACAGCGCCGAGAUGUCGACGACACGGAGACUACUUGGCACUGCGGCGCGGCGGUACGGAGUCACGCUGAUUCCCAUGGAGCCCAUGCUCGACGGCGCAGACGGCACGCUGCCCUCGUCGUACUCGCUGGCCAGUCUGUACUCGCUGGUCGACUACGAGCGGCUCAUGUACCUGCAGGGCCCUGGCGUGCUGCUCGACGCCUCGUCGCUGGACUCGCUGCUCGCAUUCUCAAAGUCGGAGCCCAUGGCCGCCUACCCAGCGUCCCCAGAGAGAAAGGACAUGUCCAUGUCGCUCCUCAUGAUCCACCCAACGCAGGCCUCGUUCCAGCAGCUCAAAGCGCUGCGCUCGGCGAAACCCACGUCAGACCUCGACCUCUUCCGCGCGACCUUUAGCGUGCCCUCGUCGCUCAUGUCAGAAUGGUCGCUCUCCAUGGGCAACGUCGUGUACGAGUCACGUGACCUGCGCAGCGUGCCCGCCAGCUUCAACGCCACGGCCUUCGAGCAGGCGACGACGUUUGUGCGGCUAUCGGACCCAGAGAUGCCAGGCCCAGAGUACGACGUGCCGUACAGCACGCGGCUCAGGCUGCGGCCGCAGAACGAGCAGGCCCAGGAGGCGUGGAGCCGGCUGUACGAGCGGUUCAGACAGCAGCGCAUGGAGGUGUGCGGGCUAGAUCUCGAGUACUACAGCCCGCUGGUGCUGGCGGGGCUGGGUCAGGAGCUGAGCGACGAGCUGUGAGGCAUAUACAAGCAGUGCUGCAGUAAUGAUGAGACGAAUGUACGGUUGUAUUUUUAGUUGACUAGUUAUCCACAGUGAGCAUUGGAU